UAUAAUCUCAGUGAACAGAAUUGUUUGCAGUUUGCUUGUCGCUAUAACAAGGAGCAAGGAAGAAUCAAGACAGGGCGAGUCAGUUAAUCCCAUUUAAGCAUGUAUUGUAAGAUGAUUGUGUCGUUUUUGGUUGUGACUUUGGCCGUGGCGAGCGCUGGGAUUCCUGGAGGCCCUGUAGAUGCAAACAUUAACGAUGAAGAUGUUCAGAAGGCGUUACGGUUCGCAGUGGCCCAGUACAACAGACAAAGCAACGAUGAGUUUGUGCGUAAGGUUUCCAAGGUCAUCAAGGUCCAACAACAAGUUGUCGCUGGCAUGAACUACAUCUUCACUGUGAAGUUGGGCAGAACCAACUGCAAAAAAGGUGGAGUUGAGACCCUGUGUGCCAUUCAUAAGGAUCCCAAAGUU